UUCACUGGACGGGCGUGCGGGAGUAACGGGAAGCGGAAGUGUCGUUGGUUCAUUGUGCUGCGGGAGCAGGCGGCGGGAUAGCUGUGCGGCUGCUGCUGCUGUCGGGCUUGUUUCUGAGUUUAAGAAGCAGAUCUCAGACCAAUGGGAGACAGCGAUGACGAUUUGGACCGGAGGAGGCGGGACAAGUUCAGGCGGGAGCGCAGUGACAUGGAGAGGUCGCGGGAGCGGGAGGAGAGGAGGAGGGACGACUGGCCCGACAGGGACUGGGACCGCGGCCGCGAGCGGAGGCGGGACUACGACCGCGGGCGCAGAGAGAGAUUUUCUCCACCCAGGCACAUCAGCCCUCAGCACAAACGUAUGAGGAGAGACUGGGAGGACCACAGGGGGGAGCCGUACCGCUACGACCUGCCGUACGGAGGGGGGGGGGCUCCAUUUCCAGGGGCAGGGCCUCAGGGCUGGCACCCAGACUUCCCUCACCUCCACCCACAUCACGGAGGCCACCCGCUGCAGGGCAGGCUGGGCAUGGUGGAUCCAGACCUCCCUCCUCCUGGUCCUCCCACCAUGAGGAGCUUUAAGGAGUUCCUGUUGAACAUGGAGGACAGCGUGGACGAGACCGAGGCCGUGAAGCGCUACAACCAGUACAAGCUGGACUUCAGGCGGCAGCAGCUGCAGGACUUCUUCCUCCAGCACAAAGACCAGGAGUGGUUCCGCUCCAAGUACCACCCCGAUGACAUCGCGGCGAGGAAGGCGGAGUCUCUGGCCGCCCUCAAAACCCGGCUGGGGGUCUUCCUCUUCCUGCUGGAUAACAACUGGCUGGACAACGUGUCGCUGGACAUGGACCACGCCCCCGCCAUCAUUAAACUCCUAGAUGCAGCUGUGAUAAAGAUGGAAGGAGGGACGGACUUUGACCUGCAGGUCCUCGAGAUUCAGCCGGCUCCUGUGGGGGCUGCAGGGGAGGCGAGCAUCGGAGGGGGAGGAGGCGGCGAGAAGGGUCAGGGAGAUCCCAGCGGAGCGAGCGUGGGCGGUCACACCAGCUCGGAGGCGACUGUGAGUCAGACGGAGGAGAUGGCGAGUGGCGACACGGGCGGGAGCAAAGACUCAGAGAAGGACUCUGGAGACACCAAGCGCAACGGCAAGAAGGACGAGGAGGAGGAGGAGGAGGAGAAGAAAGAUGAAGAGGAGGAGGAAGAAGAGAAGACCACCAAGAAAGGCAGGAAGAGGAAACGCAGCUUAUCCGCUGACAGCGGGGAGGGCAGCGCCUCCGACUCAGACUCCUCCCACUCUGACGGAGAGAAGGAUGAAGACGAGGAGAAGGAGGAAGAGGAGGAGGACGGAGAGGACGAGCGUCGAAAAGAGCGAGGGAAGGAGAGGGAGAAGGAGGCUCCGCCCAAGCCCCGCCCCCUUCACCUCACCACCUCCUUAUUCAUCAGGAGCAUCCCGCCAGAGGUGUCCAAGGAGGAGAUCACAGCCCUGUGUCGCAGGUACCAGGGCUUCCUGCGGGUGGCGCUGUCAGACCCUCAGCCUGAGAGGAGGUUCUUCAGGCGGUGCUGGGUGACCUUUGACCGCAGCGUGAACAUUAAGGAGACGUGCUGGAACCUCCAGAACAUCCGGCUCAGAGACUGUGAACUCGCUCCGGUGGUCAACAGAGAUCUGUGCCGGCGGGUCCGCAGCGUCAACGGUCUGACCCACCACAAACCGGUGGUGAGGAACGACAUCCGGCUGUCGGCCCGACUCGUCCACAGCCUGGACCAGAGAGGGGAGCUGUGGACCGGACAGAUGGAGACCAACCCUGUCCUGAAGAACAUCACAGAUUACCUGAUAGAGGAGGUGAGCGCUGAGGAGGAGGAGCUCAUCGGCGCCUCCGGGGGAAACAGGGACGACGCAGGUGACGCCAAGGACCCCGCCUCCUCUGACGUUACCUUGGAGACAGACAAUAAGCUACUGAAGGUGCUGGACCGGCUGCUGCUGUACCUGCGUCUGGUUCACUCUGUAGAUUAUUAUAACUUCUGUGAGUAUCCUGCUGAGGACGAGAUGCCCCACCGCUGUGGGCUGGUCCACGUACGAGGACCCCUACCUGUGGGCAAGAUCACUGCAACUGAAGUGAGCGAACACCAGCGGAUGUGUGAGGAGCGCCUGGCUCCUCUGCUCUCACCGUCAGAGACUCUGAAUGAGGAAGAAGCUGCCAGGCUGGGGAAGAAGGACCCGGAACAAGAGGUGGAGAAGUUCCUGUCGGCCAACACUCAGGAGCUCAGCAAAGAUAAGUGGCUGUGUCCUCUGAGCGGGAAGAAGUUCAAGGCUCCCGAGUUUGUGCGCAAACACAUCCUGAACAAGCACGCCGAGAAGGUCUCUGGCGUCCGGCAGGAGGUCGAGUUCUUUAACAACUUCCUGGUGGACGCCAAAAGACCCGCCCUACCUGAAAACAAGCCCCUCCCACCGCCAUCACAAGCCGCUCCUCCGGGUUUGCCGGGGUUUCCCGGGCAGUCGCCGCAGCAGCAGAGCCUUCUGGGAUAUCCACCCGGAGUCAGACCGCCCAUGCCCGGCUUCCCCGGGGGCGGACUGCACCACCCACCAAACCAGUUUGGAGCUGGGCGGGGUAACUAUGACAACUUCAGAGGUCAUUUAGGAGGAGGCGGGUUUCCUGGGAAACAGCGAAACAGCAGGGGCAUGCGAGGCGACCCUCGGUCCAUCAUCGAGUACAGAGACCUCGACGCUCCCGACGACCUCGACUUCUUUUAAGCACCAGAAGCUCCUGGAUUUUUUUUUUUAAACACUUUUGUAUUCCUACGUUUCCCAUGAUGCUCCUCCUCCCUUUGUCUUUUUUCCAAAUAGGACAGAAACUGUAGAGCUGUGUGAGAGUGUGUGUCAGGACCAAUGUUACUGUUAUUAGUGAUGAUGAUGAUGGUGAUGCUCUGAUUUGUGCCACUUUUCCAAUAAAGACCAAUACUGAAGGACUGA